AGACAGAAGACCUUCUGACUCAUGUCCUUGUUCUUCCAGUUUCAUGGCGGGCUUCGUCCAGUACUAUUACUGGAACGAUGACCGGAUCAGAGGAGAUGCCGAGCUGCAGGCCUGGAUUUCGGAGAUCUUCAAGGAAGCAUUCCAAAGCCGAGAGGCGUCGGGUGCUCCCUCAACUCUAGCGACCGCAGAGGAGCUCACCAAAUUCCUCACCAUGGUCAUAUUUACCUGUUCAGCUCAACAUGCUGCCGUCAACAGUGGGCAGUUUGACUUCGGUGCCUGGAUGCCAAACAUGCCCCCGACCAUGAGGAGGCCACCACCCACCACAAAGGGUACUGCAUCCCUGGAGGACAUCCUCAAGAUCAUUCCGCAGGUCAACAUCACCUGCAUUGCGCUGUCUUCCCUCUGGCUCUUGAGCAAAGAAGCUGGGGAUCAGGUAAGUGGCGGGGAAACCCAACCAAGAAGGAGAAAGGAUUGGGAGCUGACGUAGGUUUCCAGAUAUCGCUUUGGUG